AUGCUGGCCGCUCGCCUCAUUUGUGCCCGUGCUUCCACAGUCAGCGCCGUCCUCGCUUCGUCGUCGUCGUCCAGGAGUUUCCACCGAUCUGCAGUCCCAAUGGCGGUUCGCAUAGAACGUGAUACUUUUGGUGAGCUGGAAGUGCCAGCCGACCGAUACUAUGGAGCACAAACUGCUCGUUCGCAGAUGAACUUCAGAAUUGGAGGUCCGGAAGAGCGUAUGCCUCUUCCUGUUGUGCACGCUUUUGGAAUUUUGAAAAAAGCAGCUGCUAUGGUCAACACAGAGUACGGUCUUGAUCAGAAAAUUGCUGAUGCUAUCUGUAAAGCAGCUGAUGAGGUCACUGAAGGGAAACUUGAUGGCCACUUCCCUCUUGUUACAUGGCAAACUGGAUCAGGCACACAAUCCAACAUGAAUGUAAAUGAGGUCAUCUCAAACAGGGCAAUCGAAAUGCUUGGUGGACAGCUUGGCUCAAAGAAACCAGUGCAUCCUAAUGAUCAUGUCAACAUGAGUCAGUCCAGUAAUGACACCUUCCCAACAGCCAUGCAUAUCGCUGUUGCACGAGAGAUCAACAGUCGCCUGCUGCCUGCUUUGAAACAGCUUCAUGGAUCGCUCAAGAAGAAGUCUGAAGAGUUCAAGGACAUCAUCAAGAUCGGCCGUACUCACACUCAAGAUGCCGUUCCUUUGACUCUUGGACAAGAGUUCUCAGGAUAUGUACAACAGGUGGAGAACGGUAUCGCUCGCGUUGAAGCAGCUCUGCCGCGUCUUUAUGAAUUGGCAGCUGGUGGAACUGCAGUAGGAACAGGUCUGAAUACUCGCAAAGGCUUUGCAGAGAAGGUUGCAAAAACUGUAGCCGACCUUACUGGAUUGCCAUUCAAGACUGCUCCAAACAAGUUUGAAGCACUGGCUGCUCACGAUGCUCUCGUAGAAGUCCAUGGUGCACUGAAUACUAUUGCAGCUUCUUUCAUGAAAAUCGCCAACGACAUCCGCUUCCUUGGCUCUGGACCAAGAUGCGGUCUCGGUGAGCUUUCUCUUCCCGAGAACGAACCAGGAAGCUCGAUCAUGCCAGGAAAAGUCAAUCCUACUCAGUGUGAAGCCAUGACCAUGGUUGCUGCUCAGGUUAUGGGAAAUCAGGUGGCUGUGACUGUGGGAGGAUCUAAUGGUCACUUUGAGCUCAACGUAUUCAAGCCUUUGAUGGUCAAGAAUGUUCUUCAGUCGACCAGACUUUUGGCUGACGUAGCUGUCUCAUUCUCGAAGAAUUGUGUUGAUGGCAUCCAGGCCAAUAGGGAGAACAUUGCUAAGAUCAUGCGCGAAUCACUUAUGCUUGUCACUGCCCUCAACCCACACAUUGGUUACGAUAAUGCGGCAAAGAUCGCAAAGACUGCUCACAAAAAUGGAACUACCCUGAAGGAAGAGGCGAUCAAACUCGGAAUUCUGACUGAAGAGCAAUUCGGCCAAUGGGUGAAGCCAGAAAACAUGAUUGGACCUAAGUAA